AUGACUUUUGUCCUCCAAGGAAACUCCAUUAAAGCCUUUGGGAAGGCGGUCCACGCCCUGGCCCGGAUCGGAGAUGAGCUGUGGCUAGAUCCCAUGGUCAAAGGGCUGGCACUGAGGACAGUGAAUUCCUCUCACUCUGCCUACGCCUGCUUCCUCUUCUCACCGAUGUUCUUCCAGCAGUACAGUCUGGGAUCAGGGUCAGAGCAGGACAGCCAGCCAAUCAGAUGCCAGCUGGUCAUGAAGUAUGUGCUGCCACUUUUCCGAUGUUUAACUUCCAUUGAGCGUAAUGUGAAAAGAUGUCAGAUAUCCAUGAAAGCGUCGAGUGACCAAGUGACGAUCAAGUUUUUCUGCAGACAUGGCCUCCUUAAAACCCACAACCUCAGAUACCGGGAGAGUGAAGCUCUGCAGGCAGUGUUCGCCUCACACCUCUGUGCCAAUGUGCUGAAGGCUCCUGCCAGGCUUCUUUGUGACACAGUGAUGCAUUUUCCACCGUCUCAGGAGGAAGUCACUCUGUCCAUAACUCCUCUGAAAGUCAACAUGAGAAGUCACUUUGCGUGGAGGAGUGACGGCUUGAAGAUGAUCCGCACCGAGGUGUCCUUGAACCCAGACGAGUUUGACUACUUUCAGGUCGGAGUGGACUCGGACAUAACCUUCUGUCUGAAGGAGCUGAGGGGCUUAUUGUCCUUUUCCGAGUCUCAUUGUCUCCCAGUGUCGGUUCACUUUGGCUCUGCCGGAAUGCCUGUGUGCUUCUCUGUGGACGACGCGGUCCUUCAGGCCACUGUGGUGCUAUCCACUGUGAUCGAGUCUGAGAGCAGGGGCCCCUCCCAGCCGACAGAUCCCCCGGCCCCAAACACGCCCAGGUGUGCAGAGGAUCACAGCAACAAUCCCCAGAACAUCCCAAAUGUGGCAGAGCUGAUCCCAUCCAGCCAGGGCAGCCAGACCGUCACAACGCCUGAAUGGAUAGACCUUCUGCCCAAGAUGGACGUCUCGGACCAGGCCGGCGGCAGUGUCCGCUCGACUUCCACCUCCCCCGUGAUCUGCUCCCUCCUCUUCAGAGCCCUGUCCUCGCAGGAAGACGGUCGUCCUGCCAGCCCGCCGGUUCUGGCCUGCUGCAGUGAUGAAGAGGAGGGCGACAUGGAGGAUGAAGCUGCUCCAGGAAGUACCUCAGUUUGA